AUUCGUGGCCCAUUAUUUUCGCUUUCGUCCACGGGGCUGUCCUGAAUUUCGAUAUUAUUCAGCGGCACCCCCCCUCCCCCCUUUCCCUCCCUCAGCAUCCUCCCUUCUAACGUGGGGGGCUUUCUCUUUCUUGCUCUUGGCGUCUCGUUGCGGUUGUGGUGGUUGUCUUUUACUGUUGUUGUUCUUCACCCGCCGGUGAGGCAUCCCCCGGUCGGAUGGACGGAUGUCUCGGUGGGAGAGGGUGAAAGUGUAACGGCGAGCGGCACGCGGUCCGGGCCGGACCUCUCGGCGGUGGUAUAUAAACGCUGAGGCAGCGGGCCAGGAGCAUCACUGCAAGAGCAGGCGUCCUCUUGAACAGGUGUCUUCCUUCGGGACUCGGCGUAUUCGACACUGAGCUUUCCUAGAAGCAGCGGGCAGCGACGUUUUCUCCCAACUUGCACGGACUUUCCGCAUUCCUGCACAGACGCGACGCCUGGAACCAUGUUGGUUAAGGGGCUUUGUUUGAGCCUUCUGGUGGCGACCACUUUCGGUGCGAACCGCGGUGGAGGCUACGGUGGAGGCGCCGGCGGUCACCACGGAGGAGGAGGAGGGGGUGGUCACCACGGAGGAGGUGGAGGCUACGGCGGCACCGGCGGCGCCGGUGGCUACGGCGGCACGGGUGGGUACGGCGGUACCGGUGGUGCGGGAGGAUACGGCGGAGGCAAGGGUGGCUUCGGAGGAGGGGGCCUAAGCGGUGGAGGAGGCUUCGGUGGUCACCAUGGCGGCGGAGGAGGCGGUCAUCAUGGCGGUGGCGGCGGCGGUGGUGGAUACGGCGGCGGAGGUGGUGGAUACGGCGGCGGUGGAGGCGGCGGUGGAUACGAUCGCCCUACGCCAUACGAGUUCGGCUACGACGUCAAGGACGAGUACGGCAACAGCCAGAGCCGCCAGGAGAGCGGCGAUGGCAGCGGCACCGUCAAGGGCAGCUACGGCUACACCGACACCAACGGCAUCUACCGACAGGUCAGCUACGUGGCCGAUGCCAACGGAUUCCGCGCCACCGUCAAAACCAACGAGCCGGGAGUCGGACCCGCCAGCCCCGCCGACGCCGAGUUCAUCGUCGAACCGCCACCGGCCGGAGUCGUGAGCCAGUACGCCGGUGCCGGCGGCGGACACCACGGCGGUGGCGGUGGAGGUGGCCACCACGGAGGUGGCGGCGGAGGCGCCGGCGGCUACGGUGGCGGCCACCACGGAGGCGGAGGUGGAUACAGCGGUGGAUCCGGCGGAUACGCACCACCACCCACCCGGUACAGCGGUGGCGGCGGUGGCGGCGGUGGCGGCGGCCCCUGGAAGUACUAGAUGACCCUGUGAAACAUCUGUCCCAAAAUCUCUUUCGGCUUCGGUGUUUCUAGAGAGAAAUCGCCGUGCGUGUGUGAGUGUGUGUUUGUUUCAGAACUUGCUUGGUGGAACUGUGAUCGCUCCUCGCAAAAGCUUCCCCCUAAGUCCUAACAGGAGCCCAUCCUCUCGACGCCUCUUCCUGGACGAAGUCUAUCCUGGACUCGUUCAUCGAAGAAGCGCGUUCUCGAGGACUCCUUUCCGAGUCUGGCACGUUGCUUCUCUCCUUCCCCGGAUCGAGAGCGACGGAGUCCUUUGCCUUCGGAAUUAUACGUAUCUUGGUUGUGUCUUUUUGGGAUGUCGCUUUUUGAAGUAACUUGUCUCCGCAUCUCGUAGGCCGAGCGAGAUGAGAGGUCACGUUUCGUGUGCAAUGUGUAAAUUCGUAUGCUUGUUUUCGUUCAUGUUUUAUGAUUCGGGAACUUAUGGGAGGUCCUCUUCGCUUUGUGCAUUCUGCUUUCAGUGUGGCGGCACGUGUCAGUCAGCAAAACCAUUAGGGAAUGGCAUCAUCUGUUGUGUAAUACUCAGUCUGCUUUCUCGUCGAGAAAGAACGUGCAUACUCAAUUGACGUCAAAUUGUGUGGUAUGUUGCGAGUUUUUGCUCAUAUGUAUGCAUGGAUGGUGCGCGUUGUAUAUGUGAGCUUGAUCUGUUCCUUAAAAUUUGUGUGGCUGCGUGUGCGUGUCCGUGUGUUGCUCCGUGCGUGUUUUGUAAUAUUCUGUGCAAUAAAUAUUAUUUAUCUGUAUUGAA